AAAUUGGCCGACUUCGGUUUGGUUAUUGAUGUAGAUAGAGCGAACCGUCAGCAAGCCACUGAAGGUGAUUCUCGUUACAUGGCGCCCGAAAUUUUGCAGGGCAAGUUUUCUAAAGCAGCGGAUAUUUUUAGUUUGGGUGUAGCUAUGCUUGAGUUAUCUUGUUACUUGGAGUUACCACACAAUGGACCACUUUGGCAACAGCUACGUAGUGGAGUUUUACCACAGGAUUUUAUGAAAUCAAUAUCACCAGAACUGGAAACUCUUAUCAGGCAAAUGAUGUCACCGGAUCCUGACUACCGACCCACAGUCGAUGAUAUUUUAAGCAACAAAAAAUUAGUUAGCUUAAUGGAGCGUAGGAAUCGUUGGAAGUUGGUGAUUAUGAUGAGGCAAACGAUAAGGCGAUCACGCAGAGCUGCUUGGUCUAAGCUUUGUAAUUUGAAGCAAAUAAUAUUUAAUUUUGUCACAUCUGUUUUCGCUACUUAUAUACACCGUGAUUCUGUAGGCAAUGAACGCAAAAAAUUGGGAUAUCCUAUGCCACAAAAAAUUAAAGAUAAACGCCCGCCGAAUAUCUCUAUGCGUUUGAUAGCAUCAACUCCUACUGGAGGAAACGCUCGAAAUACUCCCAUCGAAUUCUUGAGUGGAGAGAAUUGUUUUAAUUUAUCGCAACAAAGUACACCUAUAACAUUUGCGGCGACUAAUAAAAUAGUAAACUCAACACCUGUAAAUCACAAUAAUCACAGUUUCCGUUCACGAAAAGACCUAACCAAGAUCAGUUUUCAAGCGGUAGAGAAUGACUGUGGUGGUAUUGAAAAUCUGAAUGACGUACGAUCUUCGCCAACAAUAUUAAGUGGACCGAAUAGCUUUCUUAAUUUGGAGGAUUUAGAACAAAACUCGCUGGGGUUUGUGUCGUUAGAUAAAUCAAGCCUGCAAGAGUGCCGAAAGAAACUCUUUACUAAAAUCGAAGAUUGAUCAAAAUGUUAUUAGACUGCGCAACCAGAUACAUAAAAAUCCUCAUUGGUCGCAAUUGAAAAUUUAUGCCAAUUUAGCAGGCCUUUUGGCAUGUCAUUUCAUCCUCUAGAAGUGUAGCAUAUAAAAUAAAUAUAGAUUUUCAAGAUUAUUGCAUAUUGUAAUUAUAAUUGCAUACAUACUCUACGAAAAUAUAAAAACGUAUGCUCUAUUACGUUAGUUGUAAGCUGAAUUAGGAAAAAAAACCAUACAAGGAGGUUAUGAAUAAUUACUAUCUACUAUUGCUCAAAAAAUAUUAAUUUGAAAUUUAUUCGAUAGCGUUGUAUUUGUGUUUUUUUUAUCUUCCGAAUUUGAUUAUUCAUUAUAAACGUAAAUGUGGUUAUAGCCUGGUAGGAUUGUAAUUAAGUUUUUGGCGAUACAUAUGUGAUAUGUUAAAAAAAUGCACUAUAUACACUCAUACUAACAUACGUUCAUACAUAUAUAUACAUUUUUUAUGUACGUAAUGCACAAUGCAUAUUUUGUUAAUUUUUAUAAAACGUGGAUAGUCGGAGAAAAAGAAAAUCUGUUAGUUUUUUUGCAUUUGCAAAACUUUAUUAGCCAAAUAAAGUUGUAUGAAUUUUGAAA